AUGGCGUCUCCCCAAGCACCGGUAGCACCCUUGUACAAGAACAUUAUCAUUUCUGGUGGGGCUCGAGGCAUUGGCCGAGCAUUGACCAGGAUGAUGCUUGAGGCUGGUCACCACGCCUACGUCUUCGACAUUGACGAAGAAGAACUCGACCAUACGUGCAAAGUUCACCUCCAGCAGUACUACGCGGACGGUAGACUAGGAUAUGCCAUCUGCGAUCUUCGGAACGUGAAUGAGAUCCGAGCCAAAGUCAAGGAGGCUGCCAGCUUCUUUAACGAUCGAAUCGAUGUUCUCAUCAACAAUGGUGGAAUUGCUAGUCCCCAGUGGAAGGACGGCAAGACAAUGGAAGACCCCUCAACAAUUGAUGAGUGGCAGGCGUACAUCGACACGAAUCUCACUGCUCCAUUUGCCAUGAGUCAAGCAUGUGUUCCUUACAUGAAGGCACGAGCCUCGGAUGUUGAAGAGGGGGCACACAUGCAGAAUGCAAACAACUCCAGCCCUGCAGGACCCUGUAUCAUACACAUUGGCUCAUUCCGCGCACACCAGUCGGACCCCAACCAGGAGGGAUAUGCAUCAAGCAAGUCUGGUCUGAUUGGACUGAUGCACUCAAUGGCAAUCAGUCUGGGGCAUCUAGGUAUCAGGGUUAAUCUCAUUGCGCCCGGUCGCAUCAAGGUGGCACAUGAGAGCAAGGAGGGCGACGAGAAGGGGACAGAUUGGGCCAGUCAAAUCAGCGAAAAGGAUAUUUCAGACCACCCAACGAACAGAGCUGGUAGACCGAAGGAUAUCGCUGAUGCCGUGCUGUAUCUGAUUGAGGCAGGCUUCGUGACUGGCCAGGACAUCACGAAUUCAAAAGACAUGUCCUGCAGCGUUGAAGUCAUUACUACGCCGACGGCCGACAGCCCAGGUACUGCGCUCGUGCUGCGCACGGCAAGCAAGCACUAUGUCUUUGGCAGCAUGGCAGAGGGUACACAGCGUGCAAUGGUGCAACAGGGAACGCGCUUGUUGAAGGCACAGGAUUUCUUCCUCACUGGCAGGGCCGAAUGGAAGAAUAUGGGCGGGCUCAUUGGCAUGAUGCUCACACUGGCCGACGCAAGCACAAGCUCCUACACCACCUCCAUGGAAACCUUCCGACUGGCUCAGGAGCGAGGCAAGAAGGCUGAAAUACCGCCGAAGCCACAUUUUGAUGUAUACGGUCCCCCCAACUUGAAGCACACACUGGGUACAUGCCGGAGGUUCAUCUUUCGGAAAGGCAUACCCAUUGCUGCCACCGAAUACACAAACCAUUCACCGGCUAAGGAUGAGAAUGGUGUCAUACUUCCCACAUGGCAAGACUCCAACAUCAAUGUUUGGGCCAUGUCGGUCUCUCCAGCUGGCUCCCAACCAGAUGCACAAACAGAAGCCGAAAUAGAGGAACGGCGACGACACUUUGAUACGUGUCUGAACACCUUCGAGGACUUCCAGGCCCCAGAAAACGAAACUCCAGAAGCUCGCGAAGUCAGAUACGAUAAGAUACGGACUGCGACCAUCAAGUUCAUGUUUGAUUCCAAUUGGAGCUUUGACACCCUUGUCGAGCAACACAUCUCAGAGGUGAAAAUGCCAGCCGCUAUGUUUGUUCGCAACCCGGAAACUCACAGCUAUGAACCUUACAACGGGCCGAAGCCAGGAGGGUCAGAACCUCUCCCCGAUAUCACCGUAUGGACACGGACACCUUGGCCUGGCGCCCAGAUUCUGGCUCUCCCGCCGACUAAACCUGCUUCGGAGUGCGUCUCGUACAUUGUGCGAUCGCACCCUACCCGUGGCCAGUUUGAUGUUGCGCGUGCGAAAAAGCUGGGUAUCACCCCAGGGCCAAAAUUUGGCCAGCUUUCCAAAGGCAUAUCAGUCCAGAAUGCUAGUGGAGAGUGGGUCACACCGGAGCAAGUCAUGGGUGCGGAUAGGCCUGGUCAAGGAAUCGCUAUUCUUGAUGUUCCCUCAGUCGAUUAUGUUGAAAGUGUUGUUCAACGAGAGGAGCUCAACUCGCCAGAAGUCAUGAAGGGUAUCGGAGCUAUCGUCUGGAUGCUUGGCCCGGGCGUGGCAGGCCACCCAACUCUAACAGAGUUCAUGAAGAAAUUGAGUGACGUGGAACAUGUCAUAUCCUCUAUAGAUACUGCUCCUAAUCGUAUGACUAAUGACUCGGUUGCCAUUCAAGCUACGCGUCUUGGACAAGUAGAUCCUGCCAGAUACUCCACGCCCGUGUUUGACAGUACUAGCGUCCCUCAGAAGAGUAUCUACAGAGCCGGCCAGUCGGCGUCAUCUGAGCUGCCAGAGGGUGUUAUUGCUGCUGACCGAGGGUUGACUUUUGCACUUAUGCCAAGAUUUAUCAUGAAGAAAGAGUCGAUCUCGAGGCCUUUUGACGUCGAGGCGGCAAGACGAGACACGGCGAUCGAGGUACUCAAGUUGGCCCAGGAAGCUCAGGUAGUAGUGGAACACAAUCGCGAGGACAUGAACAAGUGGAGAAAACUCCUGGCGCGUCCAGAUACAGAAGUCAUUACGCUCGGUACGGGCUCGGCCUUACCAUCAAAGUACCGCAAUGUUUCUGCGACUUUGGUUCGGGUUCCCGGCAUUGGCAACUACUUGUUUGACUGCGGCGAGAACACGCUCGGACAGCUUGCGAGAGUUUUUCCCCACGAGGAGCUCAUCGAUGUUCUCAAGAAUCUGAGGGCGAUCUGGAUCAGCCACUUGCACGCUGAUCAUCAUCUGGGGACAGCUGCAGUGAUCCGGGCCUGGUACCAAGUAGUGCACAACAGUGUGCCAAACCUGCAGCCACUCGGCAAUACUGUGGGUGGCAUUGACAUCAGUGCGUAUGGUUUAUCUGUCAUUUCACAUAAUGGCAUGCUCCAGUGGCUGCAUGAGUAUUCCGCGAUUGAAGAUUUCGGAUACAGUCGCAUCUUGCCGUUGCAAAUCACUGCCAAUGAACAAGGCAGCUCUUCCCGACUCUCGAUCAUGAACACGUUCGGAAAGGAGAGACCAGAAAAUCCAGAAGUGCACAGAUCAGUGUAUGAGAAGUUCUUUGGUUUCGAGGAUAUUCAGACUGCGCUCGUAGCGCAUUGCCAUGGCUCCAUGGCCGUCUCAAUCACCUUUCCUCGCUCACCCUCAGACCCCAAAGGUGUCAAGCCGCUCAAAGUCAGCUACUCAGGCGACUGCAGACCAAGCUGGCACUUUUCAAAAAUCGGCACAGACACCACUGUGCUCAUCCACGAAGCAACAUUUGACGACGCGCUCUUGGGCGAUGCCAAAGCAAAGAAGCAUUCGACCACCUCCGAAGCCUUGGGCAUCGGCGCAAAAAUGAACGCCAAAGCAGUCGUCCUCACCCACUUCAGCCAGCGCUACCAAAAAAUCCCCGUCCUACAAACAGUCACAGACGGCGAGCAAGAAGAUCCCCUCCUCGACCCGUCAAAAACCGCCGAAGACCCCACAGACAACGACGACGAAGUCGAUCCUACCCUCGACAACGCAGACAAUAUGGACAUCCAUCCCACCAGCGCCCCACCCCCGCGCGACGCCGCCAAACCCAUCCCCACCCUCCAGCGCCAGUCCUCAUCACUCGCCAAAAUGGAGCAAGUAGUCAAGAUCCGCAACAAAGACCUCAAAGUCGCCAUUGCGUUCGACUACAUGCGCGUGCGCAUCGGCGAUAUCUGCGAGUUGGAGCAUUUCACUGAUGCGCUGAAUACGCUGUUGCUUAAAGAGGCGGAGGCGGACGGUGAGAUUGCGGAUGGGGAGGCGAGUGAGGGGAAGGGUAGUGCGAAGAGGGCGAGUGAGAGUGAUGGCGAAGGGGGGAAGAGGAAUAAGAAGAAGGCUAAGACGAAGCAGGUGCAGAAGGGGAAGAAAGAGAAGAGUGUGAGGAAUAAUUAG